AUAUAAGGCGUAAAUAAGACUAAAUGGGUCCCGAACCCAAAGUAACUUUUAGCCCCAUCCAUUAUAAAUUUAUAAUCGGUCAUAUUACACAUUUUACACACACGUCCACACGUCCAAGUUCAAAAAUUGCAAUGUUUAAAAACAAAAAAAAAAAAAAGUUCAAAAAUUGCAAAACAUACAGCAAAAAUUUACAGGUUCACCAAUUCACACUUUCCGUUGACCAUUUUUCUUCUUUCUAAACCCAAAUUUCAAAAUUAGAUAUUAUCAUUACACCACUCAAAAUGAACUUCUUCCAAUCCGAAAACAGCUCAUUCACCUCAUCAUACCUCCAUCUUCCUAUAUAUCCCCCUUCCUCCUUUUAGAUCCGCAUUUUCUCUCUCCUCCACAACCACCUUCAUCAACCAUGGACAUCGAGAAAGCCGCGCCGGAAACCUCCCCUAACAACCUCCACCAUCGCCACAACCACCGCGAUUCCUACGCCGCCUCCGACGCCGGCGACGCUACCACCGACGCAACACCGUCGGUGGAGAAGAUGUUUUCCGGCAAAGUAGUACCGACAUGGCGGAAUCAGCUGACUCUUCGAGCUUUUGUUGUUAGCUUGAUUCUCAGCGUUUUGUUUACCUUCAUUGUUUUGAAGCUUAAUCUUACGACUGGUGUGAUUCCGUCGCUAAAUGUUUCGGCUGGAUUGUUAGGGUUCUUCUUUGUUAAAACUUGGACGAAGUUUCUGGAAAAAUUUGGGGUUCUUAAACAGCCGUUUACUCGUCAGGAGAAUACUGUUAUUCAGACUUGCGUUGUUGCGUCUUCUGGAAUUGCGUUUUCCGGAGGUUUUGGCAGUUACAUUCUUGCAAUGAGUUCAAAGAUUGCAAUCAUGGGAGACAGAGGCUUUCAACAUGACACAAAGGACCCUCGUCUGGGAUGGAUGAUUGGGUUUCUCUUUGUUGUUAGCUUUCUUGGUCUGUUUUCAGUUGUCCCUCUCCGGAAGAUUAUGAUUAUUGACUUCAAACUUAUAUAUCCUAGUGGGACUGCUACUGCCCACCUAAUCAACAGCUUUCACACCCCAAAGGGAGCCAAAUUAGCCAAGAAGCAGGUAAAGACUUUAGGCAAGUUUUUCACAUUCAGCUUCUUGUGGGCUUUCUUCCAAUGGUUCUUCACAGGAGGAGAUACAUGUGGAUUUACAAAUUUUCCGACUUUUGGCCUGAAAGCCUUUAGCUACAAGUUCUACUUUGAUUUCUCAGCAACUUAUGUAGGUGUGGGUAUGAUAUGCCCAUAUCUUAUUAACAUAUCUUUGCUACUUGGAGCAAUAUUAUCAUGGGGAAUCAUGUGGCCCCUUAUAGAGACGAGGAAGGGUGUCUGGUAUGAUGCAAGCCAAACAAAAACCAUGCACGGUUUGCAAGGUUACCAGAUAUUUAUUGCCAUAGCUAUUAUCCUUGGUGAUGGACUCUACAACUUUAUUAAAGUCUUUGGGCGCACAAUUUUUGGUUUGUACAAGCAAUUUCAGGCCAAAGAUACUGGCACGAUUCUUCCUUCUGAACAUUCAGAUCCUGAUGACUCGACAUCAGAGUCAUAUGAUGAUCAACGGAGAACUCAGUAUUUCCUCAAGGACCAAAUCCCAAAUUGGGUUGCUGUAUGUGGCUAUGUUGCCAUCGCCACAGUAUCUAUCAUUACACUGCCUCACAUCUUCCAUAGUCUCAAGUGGUACCACGCUCUAGUCAUGUAUAUUAUUGCACCAAUGUUGGCCUUCUGUAAUGCUUAUGGGUGCGGGCUUACUGACUGGUCCCUAGCAUCAACCUAUGGAAAAUUGGCUAUCUUUGUUAUUGGUGCCUGGGCUGGGGCUUCGCAGGGUGGGAUUGUCGCUGGACUAGCAGCCUGUGGGGUCAUGAUGAAUAUUGUUGCCACAGCAUCAGAUCUUUCCCAAGACUUCAAAACAGGAUACAUGACACUAGCAUCUCCCAGGUCAAUGUUUGUGAGUCAAAUAGUAGGUACAGCAAUGGGUUGUAUUAUCUCUCCUUCUGUCUUUUGGCUUUUCUACAAGGCCUUCCCUGAUAUAGGCGAGCAUAAUUCACAGUAUAAGGCACCAUAUGCCUCUAUAUACAGGAGCAUGGCCACUCUUGGAGUUGAGGGAUUCGGUACAUUGCCAAAAAAUUGUCUGACACUAUGCUUGAUAUUCUUCGCUGGAGCUGUGGCCAUCAACGGGAUCAGAGACUUUGUGGGGGAUAGAUGGGCAAGAUUUAUACCAAUUCCAAUGGCUAUGGCUAUUCCUUUCUUCAUCGGAGGUUACUUUACCAUUGACAUGUGUGUUGGUAGCUUAAUACUUUUCUUAUGGCAGUGGACUAACAAAGCCAAUGCUGACGCAUUUGGACCUGCAGUUGCUUCUGGGUUGAUUUGUGGGGAUGGAAUAUGGACUCUGCCAAGUUCUAUGCUUGCUUUGGCUGGUAUUAAACCACCCCUCUGCCUCCAGGUUGUUCCUAGGUUACACAGUUGAAAAUUUUACGAUUUCUUUCUUGUCAUAGGUGCAAUUACUGUUAUAUAGGUUUACUAGCUAUACCAAUUGUAGAUUCUUGUAAGCUGUUUUAAAUCUGAACACUAUGAGAGUGAGGGAUAGCUUAAGUGGUUAGAGUUCCCCUUCCGGUUUCUGGUGAUCUUGGGAUCGAUUCUCAUCCCUCGCCCUUGUGGCUCUCUUAACACCAAAAAAAAAGAAAAAUCUGAACACUAUAUACGUUAAACUCUAUAUGUACUUUUUUGAAGGAAAAACUCUUAUAUCUA